AUGUGGAUGCAAGAAGUACUCGAUCAUUUAAACAAAGAAAUUAAUAAAAUAUCUAGAAACAAAAUUCAUAUUUUAGAUCAUCUUGCUUAUACAACAUCACAAGAUGGAAAUAUUGAGCAUGCUUUAGCAUUAACUGAAGAAAUUCUUACAACUGAAGAAAAUCGAACAUUAACUAAACAAGAACGCAAAGAUGAUAUGAUGACGAAUGAUAAACAAAAUUUGAAAUUACUUUCAACAGUUUCACAAAUAAAAAAUUAUAAAAUAAAUAAUACAAGACUCGAUGAUUAUUUUGAAGAACGUGAAAUAUAUGACAAAACUUUGUUGACAAAAUGGAACACAAUUAAUAGAUUUCGAAAUAAUCUUUCUACAAUUUAA